GGAGCAGGAGGAGCCAGGCAGCAUUGUGACAUUCUAAGCAAUGUUUGAGCCUACACGGUGUUCUUUCAUUCCUGUCCUUCCUUUAGAUGCAGUUGCUACACCCUUAGCAACAAAGCCAAUGCCGAUGCUGGACCAUGUCAGAAAUCUUGUCAAGAGCAUGGACGAUUUCCCACAGAGUGGAGAUAUGGCUUCUGAUUCUGGUAGCAUAUUUACUCCAGAGAAAUGUGAACUCGGGACAUAUGCCAACAAAAGCUGCGGAUCCAGAAGCAUUCAUGAAUGUUAGCGAAAUCAUCAAACACAAGGGUUAUCCCAGUGAGGAGUAUGAAGUUGCAACGGAAGAUGGGUACAUCCUUUCUGUGAACAGAAUCCCUCGCGGACAGACACAGUUAAGGAGGGAAGGAUCCAGGCCAGUGGUGUUACUGCAGCAUGGCCUUCUUGGGGAUGCUAGCAACUGGAUUUCCAACCUGCCCAACAACAGUUUGGGUUUUAUUCUGGCGGACGCUGGCUUUGAUGUAUGGAUGGGAAACAGCAGAGGAAACACCUGGUCUCGCAAGCACAAGACCCUCUCCAUAGACCAAGAUGAGUUCUGGGCUUUCAGUUAUGAUGAAAUGGCUAGGUUUGACCUUCCAGCUGUGAUAAACUUUAUCUUACAGAAAACAGGUCAGAAAAAGAUCUAUUAUGUCGGCUACUCACAGGGCACCACCAUGGGCUUUAUUGCAUUUUCCACAAUGCCAGAGCUAGCUCAUAAAAUCAAAACGUAUUUUGCCUUAGCCCCUAUAGCCACUGUUAAAUAUGCAAGAAGUCCUGGUACCAAAUUUCUGCUGCUGCCAGAUAUGAUGAUCAAGGUAUUAUUUGGCAGACAAGAGUUUUUAUACCAGACUAGAUUUUUCAGACAGCUUUUUAUUUACCUUUGUGGCCAGAUGAUUUUUGACCAAAUCUGCAGCAACAUCAUCUUACUCCUGGGAGGUUUUAACACUAACAAUAUGAACAUGAGCCGAGCAAAUGUGUAUGUUGCCCAUACACCUGCUGGAACAUCUGUGCAGAAUAUUCUUCACUGGAGCCAGGCAGUGAAUUCUGGGGAACUUCGUGCCUUUGACUGGGGAAGUGAGACCAAAAAUCGGGAGAAAUGCAAUCAGCCAACUCCUAUAAGGUACAAAGUUCGAGAUAUGAUGGUCCCCACAGCCAUGUGGACUGGAGGCCAAGACUGGCUUUCAAAUCCAGACGAUGUGAAAACAUUGCUUUCUGAAGUAACCAACCUCAUCUACCACAAGAACAUUCCUGAGUGGGCUCAUGUGGAUUUCAUCUGGGGAUUGGAUGCCCCUCAGCGUGUGUACAACGAAAUCAUACAUCUGAUGAAGCAGGAGCCCAACCUUCCCCAAGGAACCUGCAGGGUCAAAUUGUGAUGCUCCUGCUGCUAGCAAGUCUUAGAGCAACUUCAUGCAGAAUGGCCAGGGCCAGGGGAGGGUGGAUGUUGAAAGGAAUGUCCAGACUUGGAAACCUGAUAUAUCAGUUAGUCCGAAGGACAGAGGAGCUACACAGAUGCCGGAAGACCUCCUGGUCCCAGUGAAAGCACCAUGUUUCUUCAUUUGACACUAAAGCUGUUACUAACACUUUUUCCAGUUAGUUUAACUAAGUUGGUGAACACAGGUUUUCUGUGCUUUGCAUCUCUGUCAUAGUGCCAUGUAGUUUUUCCUUACCCAGAAGAAGUAUCUAGACAGUUGUCAUUACAUCACUCAACCUCUCCAACAUAAUUUUUGUUUUUGAAAGCCAAAUUUUUAGAGCAUUAAAAGGAAUAAUUGGGGCAGAGAUCAAAAUUGUAAAUCUUUGGAUUGUUGACUCGGAUAAAAUGAAGUGGACCUUGCCAUCAUAUUGCCAUAAAGACAAGAUACUACUUCAGGAGACCAGGCUGUUUGGGACAUCAGCAGAAAAAAUGAAAUCAUCGUGGGUAGGUGGAGUCUAACUAAACAAUCUUAAAACAGGAUCAAGUUUUAGAGCUGGAUCUCAAAGAGGAGUAUUUUGUAGGAUAUUUAUGAGUUUUCCAAUAAAUUAAUUGUGUACCUCACAUGUCAUGUCUGUGUGUCAGUGCUGAAAUUUUCAUCUUCUAUUAGACCAGCUGCUCCAAAUGAAAGCUGCAAUGAAAACUUACAAUGUCAUGAGUAAAAUGAAAUAAAUUGUCAUGUAUUUUAUUCUUUAAUCAAUGCAGAAUCAUUCUUAGAUAAUCUCUUAACUCUUUCAUAAAUCUAGAUUUAUGUCCUUGGAAAACUCUUUAAUUUUCACACAAUUUCAAAGAUGACAGUUGUAAAUUAGGAAUAUUAUUUGGCAUUCUACUCUGAAGACAAAUCAAUGCUCUAUUGUGCCUGUUGGAGUUCCAGUUGAGAAUAUACAGGCGUUUGUUAAACAUACAUUAGACUGUGAAGUUCAUUUUUCCCCCAGAGCUACCUGGUAAGUUAGUCCAAUGUUACCAAAUCUUAAGUAAAUUACUUAGUAAUAUUUAGGGACUUCAGGACCCUAUGUGUACCGUUAGGGUCUCUAUAUAGCUUAGUAAACAUGUCCAGAUUUGAUUUUUGUUGAACCUUUUGUAAAAAAAUGACUAUUAUUAUAAAUGUAUCAGUGAA